UCAUUGAUUGCGUUCAACGACAGAGGCUCGGAGUAAACAUGGCGCCUGCCAAACUCUGAGGAAUCACUUCUGGCGAAGACAAACGGGAAAAUAUCGAAUUUGUACAUAUUCCACCACUUUUUAAAAUUUUAUUUUACACCUUUCUAUUUGUUUUGCUAUAAUGGCACAGGACAUAAACUUGUUGUUUCUAAAAUACAAGCUCAGGAGGCUGUAAGCCAACACCAACCAUUCACACUAUUGUUGUUAUUAUUAUUAUUAUUAUUACCAAAAUGCCGCUUUUCAAGAGGAAAUCAGGAAACGUUUCCAAUUCCUGGUUUCAUUUUGCCAAAGCUAAACCACUGCCACCUGAUCGAAGGAGCUGGGCUGGAGAGACGCCGUCACUUUCAAAUGGGAAGACCUCUGCCAAUGGUUCUACGACCCGCAAUGGACGUUGUAAUGAUGAAGAAGCUGGUUUCUCCCCAGACAGAUCCAACCGGCCUCAGUCUUUGUUGCUAAAUUCUGAAUUAAUUAAAGAACUUGCAGAGUCAGGUGUAAGUAACUCUCAGAUAGAAUCACCGAUGCGGACAUCAUCGCGACUUUCCAAGACACUUUUAGAAAUCCUCCAUGAUAAAGAGGCCCUUCCGUCUUUUAUUAGUUUCAUGGAAUCACAGAAUGCCGGUCAGUAUGUUCGGUUUUGGCUGGAUGCAAAGAGUUUCCAAACAGCUGCCUGGACUCGUAUACGAACCCAUUCCUUGAAUGCCCUGGCUAAAAGCUCUCUGACAGAAAUGUCUCUGGCUGGAAGCACAUCGUCCCCCAGCCGUUCUUUGUCAUUGUCCUCUUCUCCAGCGGAAGUGUUCAUAGAAGCAGAAACAACCCUUGCUACUGCAACAUCCGAUGCAACUUCUGUUUUCUCACCCUCUUUCCUGUCUUCAUCUGCUGUAACUGACGAGACACCAGCUGGAGAAACCAGUUCCACAUGCCGCCCUCUAGCUUCAGAUACCUGCAAUCAUUUGCAUGACAAUCAGUGCCAAGUCAAUCCACCGAGUUCUCUCCCUUCAGCUUUCUCUUCAACUCCACCACUUACGACGACGACGACGGUGGCGACCUCUUCGUCGUCCACAUCGUCUUCUCCCAGCUAUUCUUCCCCAUGCGCUGCCGACAGUAGACUUUUCCCGAGUGCAGACAUGGUGGAGGGACAAGGUCUUCCACGAUCUUUAACAAGUGAUAAAGACAGCAUAUUGAUAAACAGCUCAAAUAAACACACAGACUCUGACAAGAGCUCACAUCUGGGGGCUUCUCAACUUGCAGAUGACACACAAUUAUCAAAUUCUUCUGUGGUGAACGAUGACUGUGGUGCCACUGCAAAAGACAGUUGCCAGGCUGUAAAGUUAGGACAAAUUACCAAAGAUGAUGGUACCAGUAAAAAGGAGGAAUGCAAUACUAGUACAGAAAACAGCAGUUCCGACAGGCAGGUCAACAAAUUAGGAACUAAACUACUUAGCAGUAUAGAAAAGGAUGCUGUUAGCAUCUAUGUGAAAUAUAUCUCUCUCGAUGCCACUCAUUCAAUCAAAAUCAAUGAUGCAUUACGCAAUGAGACAACCAGUAAAAUUUGUCAGGAAGUGGGCAAAGUUGAUCCAGAAUGUUUUGUGGCAUGUCAAGACUACGUUUUAGAAGUCAUGAAGAGAGAUUACUAUGCUGAAUUCCUACACAGUGUAUACCACUGCAAACAUCAGAUUGAUGUGCUGACAAGUGGUAAAGUCUACCUUGCUGACAUCUUACACAACGAUACUGCUAUUUUCUACUUCAUGGAGUUCAUGGAACAAGAAGGGGUGGUGCCUCUGUUUCAGUUUUGGAUGGCUGCUGAGAACUUCCAGCAACACCUGUCGCUGGCAAUGGGUUGCUACGAUGGUUUACAGGCACAAGAAGAUGCUAUGGUUCUUUAUGACAAGUAUUUCUCCUUGCAAGCUACAGAACCAUUAGGCUUUGACGAUGCAAUUCGGUUGGAAGUUGAAAGUAAUAUAUGUCGGGAAGACGGGCCCCUGCCAGACUGCUUUGCGAAACCUAAAAACUUGGUGCUUCGUGUCAUAGAAAAAAUCUACUUCCCAAGCUUCCUUCAAGGUGAUCUCUACUACAAAUAUCUUUCGGAGCUUAUCAACACUGUCCAAUUAGCCCAUGAUCUGCCUCAGAAAGUCAGGCGACGCUUAGGCAGCGAUGCUUCAUCUGAGCACAGUAUUGGCAGUCAAAGCACUGGAACAGAAAGUAUUAGCUCUCGUAACACACUCCUGGCCGCAGCAGACACUAGUCAUUUCAAGAAGGCGUUCAAUAAAAUUGAUGUUGAUAUGCGUAUAGAUACAAUCCUUUUGAAUCCAGAUGCUCUCUGGAAGAGGAAUAACACAGGGAAAAUGUCCUUCGGUCGUAUAAACAAUCUUGGCCAGUUCGUGUCAGAGUAUGACCCUGAGCCAGAACAUGACAAAAAGAAAGGUUCAAUGUUCUUCAGAAAACGAAAAGAUCGAGAAAAGGAACAAGAAGAUAUGGCAGUCCAGAUAGCUGAAAUGAUUAUAAAAGAUGUAACAGCCAUCACUCAGGGUUCCAGUGUACCAAAAAAUCCCUGUUCAGCACCUAAACAGACGACAUGACCCUUACAAAUAUGAGAUGAGGUGUCAGGGGAUGUAACAUGGUGAUCAAUAUCAGGGGCUGCUCAUUGUCGGGGAAUCUUAUAUGCUGAUCUAGAAAACAUCAAAAGAAAUCGUCCAC